CUUAAUAAGCACAAUGAGUUGCGUGAUUAUGUCGCACAGGGCAGUGAAAGAAGAGGAGCACCGGGACCCCAGCCGGCUGCCAAAAACAUGCAAAGAAUGGUAUGGGACAACGAAUUAGAGAAGAUAGCGCAAACGUGGGCGAAUCAGUGCUCAUUUGAACACGACACGUGCCGUAAUGUUGGUCGUUUCUCAGUUGGCCAAAAUAUAUACCAGGCCGGGACGUCCGGCGAUCCCCGAUCCAUAAACGUUGUGCAAGCGGUAGACUCGUGGUACAAGGAAGUCGUGUAUUUCGACAGGAAUGAUGUUCGUCAGUUCAGAGAUGUAAAUUCAAGAAAUGGAAAAGUAGUAGGCCAUUACACGCAAUUAGUGUGGGCAAACAGUGAUAGGCUGGGCUGUGGCUCCAGAAACUACGACGAUGGAAAGUAUAAAUGGAAGUACAUCGUUUGCAAUUACGGACCGACUGGGAACUGGAUUCGACAAUCGGUUUAUCAGCCGCGUUGAAGGUCCCUUUAAUUCUAUCAAUAAAUAUUUUGGUAAAAAAUAGUUUACCUUUUUUUCUUGUUAAUAAAGAAAAAAAUUUAAUUCAUCUACUAAUGUAAAAUAUGACAUGAAUAAAAAGUUUGAGCAGCCAAGCAA